GAUCGCGAAUAUAGUUUUUAGCGGCAACCGCACAUAAACUAGCGCGAUAAUUCAGUUACUAAACAAAACAAAAAGACUGUAAAGAAGUAAUUUUUAUUUCUGUUUGCGAUUAUUCAACUUUAAUACACAAUAUGCAUCUUUUAAAUUUUUUUCCUAGCCGUGAAUUAGGAAAUACACGAAAUGUUUACCCAUCUAACCUUAAACAGCUGCAAGCUUCUGUACCUAAUUUAGACAGCGUAAUACAGAGGCUUGCUUGUCAAGAAAAAGACGUUUAUGAAAGCUAUGGAGAAACUGGACUUGUGCCGCCGUUUGCAAGCAAGUUUCGUAAAGAUAAAAAUUUUGAUUUACUGGCUGUUGCUAAUGAAGAUGGAGAUGUUAUGUUGAUUGACACCUGCAAGGAUGAAAAUAUUGUGAAGUCAUUCACUGCCCAUCAUAAUGCAAUCUAUGAUAUUUGUUGGCUCUCUGAUGAUUAUCACCUCAUCACAGUGUCUGGUGACCACAGGGCAUGUCUUUGGGAUAUGAAUACACUAAAGAAUAUAGGAACUUUUAAAAGACACACCGGAUCCAUUAAAUCUGUAGAUGUAUGCCCUAAUGAUAAUGCUAUGUUUGCUACUGGCUCAAGAGAUGGUACUAUUUGUGUGUGGGACGUCAGGGAUAACUCAUAUGGAAAUGCUGUGUACAAACCAUCUAUCCAAAUACAAUCUGCUCACAGAAGGAAAGAUGCCAACAAAUCCAAGUUUCCUUUUAGUAAAAAAUUAAGUAAUAGCGUGUCUGCAGUUGCAUUCCAAGACAGCAUUAAUUUGGCAUCAACUGGUUCAACUGAUAGUGUCGUGAAGAUCUGGGAUAUGAGAAAAACUUACCUAUCAAAUCUCAACCCUUCUCCCCGUUAUCAAAUGAAAUAUAAAGAUGAUAAAACACAUGGUUAUGGCUUCACAAGUCUUGUUUUUGAUUCUACUUUCAAGAAGCUGUAUGCUAGUAGCACAGCCAACAAAAUAUUAAUGUUUAAUACCCAUACAUAUGCCGAUGCUGAAACUGUUUAUGAUGGAUUCAAGUGUAAUACCUAUUACAUAAAGUUAGCCUUAAGUGCUGAUGAUCAAUACUUAGCUUGUGGUUCCAGCAGCAAUAAAGCUUAUGUUUGGAAAGUUAAUCUUCCUGGUUAUCCAAAAUGGGAAUUUCCAGGACAUUCUUCUGAAGUUACUACAGUAGCUUGGGGAUCGCAUGAUGUUACAAAAUUUGUCACUUGUGGAGAUGACAACAGGAUACUCAUUUGGCGAACUAUCAAUCAUGAAAAUACUGAACAGUUAAAUAAAUCUCUUCUUACCGCAUCUAAAUACAAAUUCAUGACUUCACCUCCAAGCUCUGUUCCUGGUGAUUCACCUCCAAAAACUACUCGAAAUCAUUCACCAAAAACUCCUGUGAUGAAGACUAUUAAAAGUUUUUUUCAACCGUUAUCAUCUCCUGACGAUUCUCAACUAAUCAAUGAGAUACCAAUGACUCAUAAUUGUAAUGAAAACCUAGUUCCGCCUGUGCAAGUGUUGUCCCCAUCUAAAAAUAUGAAUCCUAACAUCAAUCCUUCACCUACUUCUCUCAGCAUUCCUUCACAUUCAAAAUCUAAUGGAAAAGAAAAUCAGUUGAGUUUCUCUUCAAAAGAUGCUUCCUUUGGACAGUUGAAGCGAAAAACAUUAACCACACUAGAUAUUCAGAGGCAUUCCAAAAGAGGGAGACGGAAUUCAAAUGUUAAUGCUAAGAAGAAUCAGAAUUCUGAAGGAAAUAUAAGAAAUUAUUUUACCUCAUCCUUGUCACCCAAAGAAUAAUGUUAUUCUCAGUGUCCAUCUAUCUGUGUUCAUCAAAUCAUUUAAAGAAAGCAACAAUUUGUAAAUAGUCUGAAUGAACUUAACCCAAUAUUCAUAAUGACAGUGAAAUAUUUUAAUGGGCUUUUAAAUUUUUAGAUUGGAUUUUAACUUAACGGAAACUGUAAACAGAAUGCUUUAGUUUUUUGUUGUCAAUGUUAAAAUAUAUAUAUAUGAAUUGUGUACAAAAUAAAGAAAUUAUUGCACCUG